AUGACUGUGAUUACAAAUGACAACAGUGAGUUGAUCCCCACAAAGACAGUCACCGGUUGGAGGGUAUGCAUGGAUUACAGAAAGCUUAACAAAGUGACCUGGAAAGACCAUUUUUUGCUACCAUUUCUUGAUCAGAUGUUGGAUAGGCUAGACGGUCGUGCUUAUUAUUGUUUUCUGGAUGGGCAUUCUGGGUAUAACCAGAUCCUUAUUGCACCUAAAGACCAAGAGAAGACCACUUUCACUUGUUCGUACGGCACAUUUGCAUUCUCAAGGAUGUUGUUUGGUCUAUGUAAUGCACCGGCAACUUUUCGGCGAUGCAUGAUGGCAAUAUUCACGGAUAUGGUGGAGGACUUCCUCAAAGUGUUCAUGAAUGAUUUUAGUGAUGUGGGUGACUCCUUUGAAGAAUUCUUGGAUAAUCUUGACAAAGUCUUUUGUGUCCGCGUCCAUAGUUUGGCAGUCCGCGGUGAAUUCCGCGGCCGCGCUCAAUAUUUCGUGGACUGCGGUCAGAUGCUUGAAGUUGUUCUUCAUCAGGUAACAAAAUGCGGACCGCAAGAGAAUUUCGCGGCCGCAUUCAGGUAA